AUGACGACCAUCACGCCCGUGGGGAGCCUUGAAAUCAGCCCGGCCACCAGCCCAGGCAUUGAAGACCCCAAUGCCUCUCCCAUCGGCAGUAUCGAUAGCAAUGUGACCCCGGACACUGAGUUCUCACCGCCUGACAGCCCGUUUCGGCACCACGCUACCUUAGCUCCCGUCAAGGAGAAGCGGGAGCUGGCGAGGAAGAAACUUUCGACCUUGACCCUUGAGGAGAAGGUGGGGUCUACCAGUUUUCCAGCGAGAGGACUUUAUGCUGACGUCGAACAGGUCUCCUUGCUAACCGCCGCAGACUUUUGGAGAACCAAGUCGAUUCCGGAGAAGAACAUUCCUGCAGUGAAGACCAGUGACGGGCCCAAUGGUGCUCGUGGUGGCAUUUUCGUGGGUGGAACAAAGGCAGCCCUCUUCCCCUGCGGCAUCUCGCUGGCAGCAACGUGGAACAAGGACAUCCUCCGUCAGGUCGGUCAGCACCUUGCUGAGGAGGCGAAGGCUCGUCAGGCCAACAUACUGCUUGCACCUACUGUGUGCAUGCACAGACACCCACUUGGUGGAAGGAACUUUGAAUCUUUCUCUGAAGACCCCCUUUUGACUGGCAAGCUUGCUGCUCAGUACAUUCAAGGUCUUCAGGAGAAUGGAGUGGCUGCUACCAUCAAGCAUCUAGACUUUGUUGGCAACGAGCAGGAAACCCACCGGUUGACAAUCGACUCCAAGAUUGCCGAGAGGCCUCUUCGCGAGAUCUACCUCCGUCCCUUCGAGAUCGCGGUCCGCGAGGCCAAGCCAUGGGCUGUCAUGUCCUCAUACAAUCUGGUGAACGGUGUUCAUGCCGAUAUGAACGAGCAUCUCCUCAAAGAUAUUCUCCGUGGAGAAUGGCAAUUUGACGGAGCCGUCAUCUCGGACUGGGGCGGCACCAACUCUACGGCGGAAUCUGUCAAGCAUGGGUGUGACAUCGAGUUCCCCUACUCGACCAAAUGGCGCUUUGAAAAGGUGCUCGAGGCUAUCAAGGAUGGCAAGCUCACCGAGGCUGAUGUUGACCGAGCAGCCGAGAAUGUGCUUACCCUUGUCGAGCGCGUCAAGGGCAGCGAUAUGACUGCUGAAGCAGAGGAACGCGAGGAUGAUCGGCACGAGACAAGAGAGCUUAUCCGCGAGGCGGGCGUUCAGGGUCUUGCACUUCUCAAGAACGAGAGGUCUAUUCUGCCUAUCAACCCCAAGACGGCCAAGGUUGCUGUCAUUGGUCCUAACGCCAACAGGGCCAUCGCCGGUGGUGGUGGAAGCGCCAGUCUUAACCCUUACUACAACACCCUUCCCCUUGAUAGCAUCCGAAGGGUUGCUCAACAGCCUGUCACUUAUGCUCAGGGAUGUCACAUUCACAAGUGGCUCCCUGUGGCAUCUCCUUACUGCAGCGAUAGGACUGGGAAGCAGGGUGUGACAAUCGAGUGGUACAAGGGAGAUCAGUUCCAAGGCCAGCCUGUUGUCACCCAGAGGCGGAGCAACACUGACUUGUUCCUUUGGGAUUCGGCGCCUCUGGCUCAGGUUGGCCCGGAAUGGUCGGCUAUCGCCACGACCCAUCUCACGCCGACUACUACUGGCAAGCACACCAUCUCGUUCAUGUCUGUCGGCCCAGGCAAGCUCUUUGUCAAUGGUCGACUUGCGCUUGAUCUUUGGGACUGGACAGAGGAAGGGGAGGCCAUGUUUGAUGGGUCUAUCGACUAUCUCGUCGAGGUUCAGAUGGAGGCCGGCAGACCGGUGGAGCUUCGCGUCGAGAUGACCAACGAGCUCCGGCCUAUUGCCAAGCAGAAGCAGUUCAACAUGACGCACAAGUACGGUGGUUGCCGUAUCGGCUUCAAGGAGGAAGACCAGGUUGACUACCUCCAGGAAGCGGUCGAUGCUGCCAAGGCUGCCGAUGUCGCUGUUGUUAUCGUUGGUCUGGAUGCCGAGUGGGAGUCUGAGGGGUAUGAUCGUCAGACUAUGGACCUGCCUUCUGAUGGGAGCCAGGAUCGUCUUGUGGAGGCUAUUGUCAAGGCGAACCCGAACACGGUUGUGGUGAACCAGUCCGGGUCACCGGUGACGAUGCCUUGGGCUGAUAGGGUGCCUGCCAUUAUCCAGGCUUGGUAUCAGGGGCAGGAGGCGGGGAAUGCGCUGGCUGAUGCGCUGUUUGGGUUGAAGAAUCCUAGUGGGAAGUUGCCUUGCACCUUUCCCAAACGCCUCCAAGACACGCCCGCCUACCACAACUGGCCGGGCGAGAACCUCGAGGUCGUUUACGGCGAGGGUCUCUACAUUGGCUACCGGCACUACGACCGGACAAAGAUUGCUCCUUUGUUCCCCUUUGGUCACGGGUUGUCUUACACCACCUUUGAAUACGGGCGUCCCUCCCUCAGCUCCAAGGUCCUCACCCCCGACAACACCAUCGAGCUUACUGUCGCGGUUAGCAACAUCGGUGACGUUGCCGGGUUGGAGACGGUGCAGAUCUAUGUGAGGGAUGAGAAGAGCAGGUUGCCAAGGCCGGAGAAGGAGCUGGCGGCGUUUGAAAAGGUGGAGUUGGAGGCUGGGGAGACGAAGCAUUUGAGGAUAGGGCUGGAUAAGUAUGCGGUUGGGUAUUUCGACACGAGUUUGGGGAGGUGGAUUGCUGAGGAGGGGAGGUUUGAGGUGCUUGUGGCGGCGAGCGCGGAGGAUGUCAAGUAUGUUUUGAUCUCUCCCCCCCCUUUCAUUUUUACUGUUUUGUGUUUGACAUGGAGCUGA